AUGCCCCGAGUCGCAAAGCAGACCAAAGCUAGACACGACCCUCUCCACGUCGAGCUCGAGGCCGACGAGUCCAUCCGCAAGUUUGGCCGCGCUGCAAAGGCCCCAAAGAGAAAGCCCAAGCAGGAUGAGGUCGAGACUGAGCCUAAAGCGGAAGAUGCGCGCAUGUCGAAAAAGAUCUUGGAUCUGGCCAGGGAUCAGCAGGAAGAGAUUGCCAGAGAGCUCGGAGAGGACGAUGAAUGGGAGGACGACGAGGAGCCCGAGGUCGACCCCUCAAAGCGACCCCGUGAAAUGGCGCAAGUAGCUUCCGACGACGAAGACGAAGAGUUUUCCGACGGCGAUGUUUCUGGCGGUGAAGAAUACGCCGAGCUGCAGAUCGACCCUGCCGACCAUGCUACGCUGGAUGCUUUGAACAGGGGAGAAGGUGCCGAUGCCGAGGAGCCUGGAGAGCCAAAGACAUUGGCGGAUCUGAUCUUCAGCCAGAUGGAAGGCGGCGCUGUGAGCAAGGGCGUCGAGGAAGAGCACGAAGGGCCUCCCGAUCCCAGAAAGGGUCUGAAUCCCAAAGUCAUCGAGGUGUACACCAAGGUCGGCUUCCUUCUUUCCCGCUACAAGUCUGGUCCCCUCCCCAAAGCCCUCAAGAUUCUCCCCUCCCUUCCCCACUGGGCCCAGCUCCUUGCGCUCACCAACCCUACCGAAUGGACUCCUCACGGCACCUUUGCCUGCACCAAGAUCUUUGUGUCAAACUUGAAGCCUACAGAAGUCAGGGUAUUUUUGGAGGGUGUGUUGCUGGACAAGUGCAGGGAUGACAUGAGAGAAAACAAUGGGAAAUUGAACGUGCACCUGUACGAGGCGUUGAAGAAGGGUCUGUACAAGCCUGCGGCGUGGUUCAAGGGCGUCCUGUUCCCUCUCUGCGAGACCAGCUGUACGUUGAAGGAAGCUGCCAUCUUUGCGUCGGUCCUUUCCAAAGUCUCUGUCCCCGUCCUCCACUCUGCCGCCGCCCUUCUCCGACUCGCCUCGAUGGACUAUGCCGGCCCCAACUCGCUCUUUAUCCGUAUCCUGCUCGACAAGAAGUACGCCCUGCCCUACAAGGUUGUAGACGCCCUCGUCUUUCACUUUAUCCGCUUGGCCAACAGCCCGAGGAGCAAAGACGGCGAAGACAAGUUGCCGGUGCUGUGGCACCAGAGUUUGCUCGUGUUUGUCCAGAGGUACGCGUCGGAUUUGACACCCGACCAGAAGGACGCGCUUCUCGAUGUCAUCCGAUCCAGACCUCACCCCACCAUCAGCCACGAGAUCCGGCGGGAGAUUGUCAACUCUGUGGAAAGAGGCGCGCCCAGACCGGAGGAAGGAGGGGACGUGGAGAUGCAGUAG